UAUUCCUUCACAGUUGAUAUUUCUAGUGCUGGUUGUGUUAGCAUUUUAAACAAAUCGACAAUAGCUACGUAAAAUUUGCCAAGUUCCUUAUAUCUUUCGUUUAUGAAAGAUGCCUAUUAAAUUUCGAAAUAGAACUGAAAGUAACAGUAACAUCGCUUCAGCAAAUAAAAAGAAAAUUAGCAAUAUUCCAUCUCAGCUACACCACACAGCUGAUUCUAAAGAUUUCGGUUUAAAAGGUUCAAAUGUGCAAAUCAAUUUCAGAAUCGGUUCCAAUCGAACGUCUGAUGGGCUCUCAACAGGAAAACCUCUAACAAUUUCGAGUUGCAAGUCAGAAGAUUGCCUGCACGCUUCCGUUCGCAGGGAAACAUUGACCACACGAAAAAUUUUGUCUGAUCGACCUGCCACAGCUGCAACAUCAAAGCGAAACCCUUAUUCUUCCUUGCGUCGAAAAGUCACAAGUUCAACUUCUCGAGAUGACAGCUCAGUGAAUCCGUCAAGGGAUUGGUUUCCCCCUGUGCCAGUCAGUUCCCAGUCGUGGUCUAGCAGUGUCGAUAGCGAGUUGGCAACUGUUGGCAGUUUUGAUACGGGUACUGAAGCUAGCCUUGAAGAUAAGCAGUCUUUCGCCGUAUUCAGCAGCGUUUCAUGCGAUAGUCCUGAUGAACAACUUGUUCCGGACACUACGCUGCAAGACAUCAAUGAUCCAGUUUUCAACCAAGAUUCAACAUUGCGUAACUUUACAAAACCUAUUCCAUCCAUAAUCAAUUCAAGACAAUUAAAUCACUUUCAUUCUGAUCAAUCUCCUCGCUGUGAGCAGUACAAUUCUCACGAUGAAUGUUAUCAUGAGAAAGAUGAUCAGUCUGAGCCGACGGUUUAUCAUCAGUGUGAAUCUAAAAUGAUUGACGUUGAAUCACAGCCAAAGAAUCUACCACAUUCUACUUCUUCCCCAACAAAGCUCUCUACUGAAAAAAAUGCCAGUUAUAAUCCGGAAUGUGAAACAAACAAGCGCAAACAACCGUCUUACGAAAUUGAAUCUUGUGCGCAUAACAAUGUGUCUGCAUCUGAAACCGAAAAUGCGCCCGAUUCGACUGAUGAUUCAGCGGGUGCGAUCACCAGCAUACAUACUUCGUCUAGCAGAAGCGAGAAACCCUCUUGUCCGACGUUUCAUGUAGUUAAACCAAAGCAACAACAUAUUAAGGAUGAUCAAGUCACAAAAAGAGAACCAAAUAUGCUCUCUGAAAUCUUGAGCUUUUUAGAUGACGCUAAUAGUCAUACACCGUUAGCAAGCUCACCACAUCUUGCGAUCAACUCUGAGACGGAAUCCAAUGCUGAAGGAGGAUUCAGAAGGCCUGAUUCCGAAGGCGUCACAAGGUUACACGGAAUGACCAUGGCUGAAUUAACAGAAGAAGUUCUCGCUCUUCAGAUGCUUGUUCAGGAUAAAGACAAUAAGCUUGUUGUCAUGGAACGGGCUCUUCAGCAUCAAAGGGAACUUUUAGCACGAAACGUUAAGACUGCCAAACGUGAGCUGAAUUUACGUUGUAAAGCUCAAAAGGAGGAAUACGAAUCGAACACGAAUCGAAACUUCCAAUUUAUACAGCAACUAGUCGAAGAAAAGAAGGCACUUGCUGAAAAAUGUGAAGCAUUGGCCACUGAAAUGCGGCAACAAACAGCCAAAGUAGAAUAUGAACGGAGAGUAAGCGAUGAACGCCACAACGCAGAGAUUCGUCGAUUGAAGCAGACUUUGGGUAAAGAUCAAAGGUACCACCAAGAAAAGUGGUUAGCAGACCGCACAGAACAUAUACGCGAAGCAACAGCAAGAGGGUUGGAACCAGAAUUACGACGCCUUAUGAGUCAACACCAGGUUGAGUUGCAGAGCCUUCGAUCUAUUCACCAAGAAGAAAUAAAUCGAAUAGAACAAGCUCAUUUAAAUAAAACUGUCCAGCAGCUAAAUGCACUUCGAGAAAAAAUGGAUAACGAUCGCGAAGAUGCGUGUGCUAAAGAGCGCGAAAUCAUGCGAGUAAAAUACGAUAAACAGUUAGACGAAAUGGAACAUAUCAACACUUCCAAGUUGCAGCGAUUGCAGGUCGAUAUGGAACGUGAAAGGGCUCGCUGGAUAGAAGAAGAAUCACGAAUGAAAAUGCAGGAAGACGAAAAAAUUCGUCGUCUUGAAGAAAAGCGGCGACGAGAAAGGAUUGCCGCACAACAGCUUUUACAGGCAGAAAUUGCCACGAUCAAACAACAGAAUGUCGAAUAUCUAGCUCAACUAAAGAAAAAGUGGGAAGAGGAAAAAAUAGAGGAAAUCAGAGCACUAAAACACCAAUUGGAUACAAAUUCCAAUGAGCGUGAAAGGCGGCUUAUUGAAAAUCAACGAAGGGAACGCGAAGAAGAAGAACAUAAAUUCGCUUUACAAUUAUCGAACGAAUUAAAGCGACAACAUGAACAAUGGAAAAGCUUGUCCGAAAAUCAAUUACAACGGAUUAGGGAUAAAAAUGCAGAGGAAAUAAAAAGACUGGAUGAAGCUGAAUCCGAAUUACGUAAUAAACUGGUGGAAGUUCGGCGUUCUUUGGCAGAACGUGAUGAAGAAUUGGCUGCUUUACGUUUAUCACUCUUCCAACACGUAAAAGAAAAUAAGGACGUAACAAAAACUCUGGAAAAAUAUACUGUAGAGCGCUCAGAUUUGAAAAAAAUUCUGCAAAAGGAAUUGGAAGAUGAAUUCCUUAAAAUAAACGAAGAAAAGAUGGUGCUCCAAAAAGAAUUUAGUCAAGCAAAAUCGGAUCAUCGAAUAGAGAUUAACAAAAAAAAUUCUGAAAUAGCUCAUCUGUCGGCCUGCCACGAACAAAUGCUUAGCGAUAUACAUGAGAAGGUUAAGCAAGCAGUUGCCAAAAAAGAUGAUGCUUUGGCGCAAAUUCAAGAAAAAUUCAAAAUUGCUAUUUGUCGUUGUCAACAUCUGGAGGAACUACUUGAUCGUCAACAGAGAGACCUAUUAGCCCGGAAAAAUUAACUGGUUGUUCUUUCGUAAAAUGACGAUUUAGUUUAGUUUUGUGGUGUGUAUUUGUUUUCUCUUUGUUUU